AUAGAAGUAGACGCCACACAUCCUCCCAGCUGCACUGCACGGCACACCACACUUGCAGCCUUCCACAACCCUCCUCGGUUUCAUUCCCAUUUCUCCCAGCGUGGAGAAGAUGGAGACUGCUCUUGGCGCAGCGAAUUGGCUCCUCAGCAAGGUGCUCAACAAGCUCUCCGAUGACCUGGUGGCUGGGUAUUUGGCCAGCCGUGAGCUCGGCCUCAACUUCGACAAGAUCAAGACCGAGCUCAAGUACACCCUCGGGCUGCUGCAUGGUGCCCAAGGGAGGGACUUCAGCCACAACCCCGGCCUGCAGGGCUUGCUGGAGGACCUGAGCAAGAAGGCCGAUGAGGCAGAGGACGCUCUGGACGAGCUCCACUACUUCAUGAUCCAGGACGAGCUCCACGGCACCCGGGAGGCCACUCCGGAUCUUGGGGAUGGCCUCGGUGCUCAAGCUCUGCACGCCCGCCAUGCUGCGCGCAACACUGCUGGUAACUGGCUCUCAUGCUUCUCUGUUUGUUGCCGUUCACAAGAUGCUGCUGCUGCUGGUACUGGGAACACAAGCAAGGCCGUCGAUUCAUUUAACCAUAUCGACAGUGGGUAUGCUGACAAGUUGAUAUUCGACCGAGUGGCCAUGUCAAACAAAAUCAAGCAGCUGAUAGAGGACAUUCACUCACUAUGUCCUCGUAUCUCUAAAUUGCUCGAGAUAAACAAUAGCAGUAAAAUUCCUCCAAAAAGCAUGGAACGACCUGCCAUCGGGUCGACAAUUAGACAAGAGGAGUUUUAUGGAAGGAGCACAAUUUUUAAGCAAACCGUAGAUCGUAUGACAAGUGGCACUUGUUCUGAUGAGACCCUGUCCAUCCUUCCUAUAGUUGGUCCCGGUGGUAUUGGUAAGACAACUUUCACCCAGCACCUUUACAAUAACGAAAGGACUGAAAAACACUUCGCUGUUAGGGUCUGGGUAUGUGUGUCGACUAACUUUGAUGUGCUUAAGCUCACCAAAGAGAUACGUAGCUGCAUACCUGCGGGUGAAAAUGAAUGUGAAACAGACAAUUUAGAUCAGCUUCAGAAAUCCAUUGCAAAGAGACUGAAAUCAAAAAGGUUCUUAAUUGUCUUAGAUGAUAUAUGGCAAUGCAGUGAGGACAGGUGGGUAAAUUUCUUAGCUUCUUUCACAAUGAAGGAAGCUGAAAAAGGCAGCAUGGUCAUUGUGACAACUCGAUUUCCAUAUAUAGCAGAAAUGGUGAAGACAACUACUCCAGUAAACCUAGAAGGUUUGGAGCCUGCUGAGUUCUGGUUGUUCUUUCAAGCAUGUGUAUUUGGUGAAGUCAUAGCUGAGCAUGAUAAUAAGGAAGAACUAAUUGACAUUGCAAGACAAAUAGCAAAUAAAUUGAAGUGCUCCCCACUGGCAGCCAAAACGGUUGGUCGUUUAUUGAAGAAGAGAUUCUCUCGGGAACAUUGGAUGGGAAUUCUUCAAAAGAAAGAAUGGCUAAACCAGACCCACAAUGAUGAUAUUAUGCCAGCCUUGAAAAUUAGCUAUGACUACCUUCCCUUCCAUCUACAAAAAUGCUUUUCGUAUUGUGGCCUUUUUCCUGAGGAUUAUAAGUUUGAUAGCUUAGAGAUUAGCCGUUUUUGGAUUUCGAUAGGCAUCAUCGAUUCCUGUGGUCAGAAUGAUAAAAUUGAGGACAUAGGUUCAAAGUAUUUGGAUGAACUGUUAGAUAAUGGUUUUCUGAUGAAAGGAGAUCAAAAUUAUUAUGUAAUGCAUGAUUUGAUGCAUGAGCUUGCACAGAUUGUUUCAUCAAAAGAAUGUGCCUAUAUCAGUUGUUCUAGUUUUAGAGCUGAUGAUGUCCAACCAUCUAUUCGCCACCUAUCCAUCUUGAUGUCCAAUGACUAUAAUGAAACUUUUGGUGAAGAAAUGGAUAAAUUGAAGAGAAGGGUAGACAUUGGAAAUUUACGGAGUUUGAUGAUUUUUGGAGGAUAUAGAAGGGCAAGAUUGGUGAAUAUUUUGAAAGAAACAUUUAAGGAGAUAAAGGGCCUCCGUGUUCUGUUUAUAUUCAUGAACUCCACAAAUUCUUUGCCACCCAGCUUUUCAAAGCUUAUCCACCUUCGGCACCUAAAACUUGAGUCACCUUAUUAUAACUCACAACUGUGCUGUCCUAGAAUAGUAUCUAGGUUUUAUCACUUGAAAUUUUUGGACCUUCAAAACUGGCGUGGAAUGUGUGAUUUGCCUAAAGACAUAAGCCGCCUUGUGAAUUUAUGCCAUUUUGGUGCUGGGGAAGAAUUCCAUACCAAUAUUCCUGAGGUUGGAAAAAUGAGGCUUCUACAAGAGUUGAAAGGAUUUCAUGUUAAGAAAGAGAGUGCUGGAUUUGAACUACGAGAGUUGGGCCAGCUGGUGCAGCUAGGAGGAGAACUCAGUAUACGUGGGCUUGAAAAUGUGAGAUCCAGCAAAGAAGCUGCUGAAGCAAGAUUGAUGGCAAAAAGAGAUCUAAUUAAGCUGGGAUUAUUUUGGAGUAGAGGGCACCAGUCGAAGGUCGAUGAUAUUCUUACUAACCUUCAACCACACUCUAAUCUUAGAGCUCUUUGCAUUGUUAAUCAUGGUGGUCCCGCAGGUCCUAGUUGGUUGUGUAGCAACAUCCACAUGAAGUACUUGGAGACCCUCCAUCUAGAAGGUGUAUCCUGGUCCACUCUUCCACCUUUUGGGCAGAUAUAUCAUCUAAGAAAACUCAAGCUGAAAAAUAUUGUUGGGAUAUGCCAGUUUGGACCUGACUUCAUUGGUGGCAUUACAGAGAAAAGUUUCACGCACCUGAAGGAGGUUCAGCUUCAUGAUAUGCCAGAACUUGUGGAGUGGAUUGGGGGAGGUAACACACAUUUGUUCUCAAGGCUUGAAAGAAUCAGGUGCUCUAAUUGUCCAAAGCUCACUGCCCUACCGUUCUCAAGGUGCUUUAGUUCUUCUACACAGGACAACACCAUAUGGUUCCCUAAUCUAUGUAAUCUUUCGACGUUUGAAUGCCCGAAGUUGUCCUUGCCUCCCCUUCCUCACACUCGCAUGCUAUCUUCUUUCCGAACGGACAGCUUGUGCUAUGUAGAGAGAGAUUUGUACAUUUAUAAGAUGCCCAGUGAAUUGGCCUUCCACAAUGUUGGUGAAGUAGAACGUUUGAUUAUUCCUGAUGCAUCACUCAUCUCAUUUACUGACCUUCAAAAGCUACAUCCCCUAAGAAGUAUUCAGGUUAGGAGCUGCGAGGACACAUUUCUUAGAGGACUGGAUGAUGACAUUGUGCUCUAUUCAGUCCAAUCUCUGCACCUCUCGCAUUUUAUUGUUACCAGGAAAUCGUUAUCAAAUUUGUUCAAAUGUUUCCCAGCUCUUUCUGAUUUGUCUGUGGGUGCAUCAAGUGAGCAUCACGAUGAGGUUGUGGUAUUGCAGGUUCCACCCUCCAGCUCCCUGAGAAAAAUCUGGUUGUAUGGGUGUAAAAAUCUGAUUCUACCUAUGGAAGAUGGAGGUGGAUUCCAGAGCCUCUUGUCGCUCAAAUCAGUUUCCAUAGACGAUUGCAACAUGCUAUUGUCCCGGUGGUCCACAGGAGAAGCAGCUCAAGGCAUCAGUCCUUUCCCUCCUCAUGUCGAGGAACUCUGUCUUCGGGAUGAGCCGAGCACUCUGUCUAUGGCUCUGUUCUCAAAUCUGACAUCUCUUACCAAACUAGGACUAAGAGAUUGUAAGAAUUUCACAAUGGAUGGUUUCAAUCCUCGCAUCACAUCAACCCUCGAGAGUCUGGAGGUUUUUAAUUCGAGAGAUGAUGAAACUGAUCCUUAUUCUAUAGCAGCGGAUCUACUCGCAGAGGUGGCAAGGACCAAAACAAUGCCCGCAGGUUCCUUCCAACUGGUGACACUUGAGGUGGACAGCAUCUCCGCAGUGCUUGUUGCUCCCAUCUGCACCCGCAUCUCCGCUACCCUCCGGGAAUUAGGCUUCCUUAAUGAUUGGCGGGUGGAGAGCUUCACGGAAGAGCAGGAGCAGGCCCUUCAGCUCCUCACAUCCCUGCAACGGCUGCAGUUUCUUGGCUGCAGGGUGCUGCUGUCCAUCCCUCGAGGGCUGCAUUGGCUUUCUUCUCUCAAGACUUUAUAUAUACAUCGAUCUCCCAGAAUCAGAUCGCUGCCCAAGAAGGGCCUCCCUGAUUCACUGCAAGAGUUAUUCAUAUUUCAAUGCUCCGCCGAGCUUUAUGAGGAAUGCCAGAAAUUAAGAGGAACAAGGCCAGAUGUAGAUGUAGAUGUAGCAUAUGUGAUCUCCUCCUGAAUUCACUACACUGGCUAAUCAAAGCUAGUUGUUGCUACGAAGUUUAUGGAGCAUGCCAAAAAUGAAAAAUGAAGGGAAACAAAGCCAAAUAUAAUUGUACUUGCCCGGCUACAUACUGAUGACCAGUCGUUCAACUAUGGCUCUUUUCUGCAGCAAAUCAUUGUGCUUCUGAUUUAUGAUCCUUCAUGGUUCCUUCAGUAUGGAGGAACGAUAAAUAUCCUUCGGUUUUCUUAAAGCAGCUGCUGGUAAUUUUGAAGAUCAGUCCCAGCUGCUGGUUUUCUUAAUGGAAAUACUAUUGCAACACCGAAUUUGAAGCAAACCUGUGAAAGGAAUGUGUGACACAAGGAUCUUUAUGCUUAAAAGGAGCUGCCCUGAGCAGAAGGAAGCUCGUCGCCUAUCGCUCGCAAGAGUUCUGGAUCAUCCGGUCAGUUGAUGAACAGUUGCCAUCGCCAGAUUCCUCCAUGCUAUGAUCAAGAUCUUGAAUAUAUGCGCCUGUCUGCCUGCCAGUCCCUCCCGUUCAAACUUCAAACAACCACUGCCGUUUGCCUGAAAUAAACUCAACUCAUGAGUCACGACCCGUUUCAGGCAUAGCAAGAGCUCUGAUCUACAUAAGGAAUUUGGGAUCAGAAUAUAAUGCUUCGAACAUUCUCAACUCCGAAGCUUAACAACGGUAUCCUGCUGGCCUGCUCCUAUGAAGCUUAGAAUGGUACGCAGUGGUGGUCAGCAAUGAACAAUGUCCAACAUGGUAUAAAAAAAAAUGACCAUACUGAAGCUUGGAAUGGCAUCCUACUCUGCACCGAGGAUGGUAGUCGACACUCGACAACAACUCAACGAAGAGGCGUCGAGAUGCUAUGUAUGUCUGAAGACCAUGCCUUGUGAUCUUGGAAGGUGAUCAAGGCUGCAACCUACCCGUGCGCAUUGGUCGCUGCUUGUUUGGAUGCGGUCCUCAACCAGGCAGCAAUCCUGGUUCCAGGCCGAUGAAAUCAAGCGCCUGGAUGCGCUACCCGGCACAUGCAGGUUUCUCAGGACUCGAUCCAAAGCGCGGGGUGAAAUGGUCGUGGUGGCCUGCCUCGUGGGACGACAGCUUCGAUUUCACGGCGGCCGGCCCCCCCGGCGGUGCCAACUCAUGGGCCCCCGUGGCGACUUGAGGCCCAAGAACAGCCUGUCUAGCUCGGCCCAAGCUAUUUUUCCCAAAUCUGGAUGAAGCUGUGUGCACCAGAAUCACAAAAGUUUGGACAUCAAUGAAUUGUUAGAGACUUCAGAUUGCUUACAAGUCAACUCAGAGGUAAAGCAGCGUUGUAAAGACAGAUCGGUGACUUGUUCUGUGAUCCAUGCCAUUCGUCGAGUUGCUGAUUCUGUUGCAUCCAUCUUCAAUUCAUUUGUUCAUUUCAUGAGGCAGCUCAUUUUCAAGCCGCUACUAUGAUAGUUAACCCAUUUCUAAUUCGGUGUAAUCCACCAUCAGACUCAUGUAAUGAUGUAAUCCACCAUAUGUGGUGACUCACGUUGCCAUAUUGUAUCUGUACAUUUUCCGUGAAACCAGUUAUUAAUGCCAUAACCCUGGUACAUUUUAUA